AUGUAUCACUUUAAGAUGGCUCGUGGUGUUAAGGCUAAUCUGGAGAAGCUUGAUGUUAUGUCGAAAGAGAAGGAGACUUUCAAUCCGGGACUUCGCACUGAGAAUGGAGCUCUUGCUGAUUCUUGCCCAACCCCUUGUAAUAUCAUUCGCCUACUGCUGAAUUCCAAUUCUGAAGCCAACAACAUUUCGGUUGUCCCAAUCGUUGGGAUGGGUGGGCUAGGCAAGACCACUCUCGCUCUGCUCGUAUUUCAUGACGAUCAAGUUAGAGCGCACUUUAAUAUCAAAGCUUGGGUCUAUGUUUCACAGAUGUAUAUAUGA